CUCUAAAAGAUAAAACGGCGGCCUUUCAUCCUUGGGGAACCGGAGGUGUUGGGGGGAGAAGCUGGACAUGUCAAGCCUCACAUCAUCACAUGCUUUCUCGUGCCUGCGGCCUGCCUGGCGCCAUCUCGUGCCAACCUAAAAAGAGGACCCCGGGGCGUCUCGUGUAUACCGGUCGUGGCUUCCUUAUCUUGGUCGCCAGCGUCACACAUCGCCAUCAUUAAGGUUUCUUGUGUGGGGAGGCCCACCACAAAAAGCUACCAUUGCUCUUUCCCCCCUCCUCCCACUCUCUGCUCUGCUCUGCUCUCGGUGUCCUCUGUCAUCUGGAAACAUCGGACAGCAGCCAUGGAGCGCUCUGAUUGCCUGAUCCCCAGAUGGGACGAGAACAGAACUGAAUUUGACAAGUUCGAGCUCAUGUUCAAAGGAUGGUGCUACCUUAGGCCCGACAAGGUUUACUCGGCCACGACAAUUCUCGCCGACUACUUCAUAGAUACAACCUGGACUCCGAGUGUCGGCUGGGAGAUCACCGUUCAGGAACCCACCCCCGAGACCCCAAUUUCGCCCCUGCCUGGUCGAGAAGGCCUGGCCUAUGUGGCCCUCAACCUUCUCUUUACAACCACCGACGGCGGCUCCGAAAAGCUCGCAAGCGAGAGCAAUUGCCGCUCAUACUUCAACGAGCUAUCGAAACAGCUUUUAUGGCCCUGUCUUGAUGCAUCUCGCAACAAGAUUCAGAUUGACUUUGUGACGUGGAAGUUGGAACCCAGUUGGGGCUAUUCCACUGCCUUCUCACGGUACUGGCUCAAGGGUUGGUCGCAUAAGCCCACCCAGCAGCAGAUGGAGCUCCCAGCUUACAACAUCAGUUACGUUCUGCGCGAUCUCACCAACCUCGAGGGCCUUCGUAAAGGGGAUACUUGUCACGAUUCUUGUCCCAAGGGGGCCGUGGUGGAGUGCACCAAGCACCUCUUGCGCCAGGCUCAGCAGGAGUUCGCCGAGGUCCGCAAAACUGCCAGCGGCGCAUUGAGGCAGCCGUUUGGUGCAGAGGAAGAGGAGAACGUGGAGGCUCUGAUUGAGGAGAGCAUCCGUCAUGCACUUGCCACCAACAACUCAAUUAGAGCCAUCCUCAACAUUCUGAAUGGGAAUGUUGGCCUGGGCCGCAGCCGCUUUUUCUUCAUGCGGAUCCUCCGUCGAAUCCUCAACCGGCCCAAGUACUUGAACAUGGUCAUAACCGACAAGACCUUCGGGAGCAAGAAAGAGUCCAUGUCUGGUGAUGUUAAUUUCUUCGAAUGCAUAGCCAGGACUAUGGCUGGCCACAUUCGUUUGAGGAGUGCCGCUACUCGUCACAAGCUCCGAGGCCAUGUUCAAGAGGCCGUCUCGGGAACCCUCGAGGAAACACAACUUGUCGGCUACUUUGGCCUGGUGGCUGCGAAGGUCGGUCAGCAGGCUCAUCAUGAUGCCGCUCUCGACAAAGUCGGCCAGCAUUACUUUGACGCAUUUUGGGAUGUUGAAGCGGAUAUCGAGGCCCUUAUUCAGAUUCUGGACAAUGAGUAUGCCGCGAAUGGCGAGAAAAUGUUCAGAAAGAAGAGAAAGGCUGUCCCGAAGGGCACACCCAGGUGUCUGUUGGAAAAGGCUGCUCUGAAUGAGAAGCUGGACAAGCUGGAGAACGACUCGGACUCGGAGCUGGAGAUGGACGAGGAGUACGAUGAGAAGUACUGAUUUUGGGGUGGCGAUCUCUGGUGACAUGGAACGGAGUUUAUUUACCGGGCUAGCUUUGCGUUGAUAUGCUGCCGAGCGGCCAAGGGGCAGCUUGAGGAAGCCUGGUGCUCGUGCUGAAGAUAUUGGGCGAGGUCAUGUUGGUUGCUAUUGAUCUCAAUUUAAGAUGGGCGGCCACGCUGGCAAUGUUGUUCGUUAUUUGACAAUGAUCUGGUGCCUGGAAGGUGUUUCCGCCACCGACCCUCUCCAUGCAGAUUAGCUUUCCUGUGCCGGUCUCCCUCACGUCUUGUGCCCCGAGGGUGUGUUUGUAGAGCUUGGCAGCUUCCUCGUCUCGGGUAAAGAGGAGUAAGCGUCUCAGGUGCUCGUCCCAUUCGGAGACUAUCUCGUCCAGACAGGACAUCAUGAAUCUGGCCAGUCCUUUGCCUUGGUGGGAGGGGAGGACGUAGACGUCUGUGAGGUAGGCGAAGGUGAGUCGGUCAGUUAUCAGGCGGCCGAAGCCAAUUAGUUCUUUUUCUUCUAUAUAGAUACAAAUGGUGUCAGUUUGUGUAAGUCUCUUUUUCUUUCUUUUUUUAUUAUUUAAGUUUUACUUUUUUAUAAAAAGAAAACUUGGGAUUGUGAGGUGAUUUUGGGGUACUACCAUCAUAGAGACCGAGGCAAAGUGAGUUUUGGACUAGAGUCUGGAGAUGGGCGUGGGUGAGGGGUUUGGACCAGUAGAUGAAGUCUGAGUUGAAGGCUGCGGAGAGGGCAUCGAGGGAGAUGAGGGUGGGAUCGGUGGAGACUGUGCAUGUGAGGCUCUUGCUGCUUGUGGUGCCGACAGUCUUUGUCCAUGAUUUGUGCUCAGUUGGUUGAGACAUCUUGGAGGUCGGUGAAGCUGAUGAGACGGGAUGAACAAUAAGAUGGGAUGAGUGGGGAUGGCAAGUUCAGAGUGAUGAGAGAGUCAACUGUUGAAAUGAGAUAAGAC